AUGGCUCCCAAGAUCGCCAUUGUCUAUUACUCCAUGUACGGCCACAUCCGCCAAUUGGCCGAGGCCGAGAAGAAAGGCAUCGAGAAAGCCGGUGGCACUGCCGAUCUCUUCCAGGUCGCCGAGACCCUCCCUGAGGAGGUCCUCGCCAAGAUGGGCGCUCCCACCAAGCCCACCGACGUCCCCGUCCUCAGUGACCCCAGCACUCUCGAAGCCUACGACGCCUUCCUCAUCGGUAUCCCCACCAGAUACGGCAACUUCCCCGCCCAGUGGAAGGCAUUCUGGGACAAGACCGGCAAGCAGUGGAGCUCCGGCGGCUUCUGGGGCAAGCUGGCCGGCCUCUUCAUCUCCACCGCCUCCCUCGGCGGUGGCCAAGAGUCCACCGCUAUCGCGGCCAUGUCCACCUUCGCCCACCACGGCAUCAUCUAUGUCCCUUUCGGAUACGCCAAGGCCUUCCCUCUGAUGGCCGAUCUCUCCGAGGUCCACGGCGGCGGCCCCUGGGGUGCCGGCACCUUUGCCGGCGCCGACGGCUCCCGUCAACCCACCGCCAAGGAGCUCGAGAUCGCCACCAUCCAGGGCGAGGCCUUCUACCAGACCGUUGCUAAGCACGUCGGUUGA